AUGUCUGCAUCUGAGAAUAGAUUUGUGUUUAUCGUAGAGUGGUAUGAUGAACAAGCUUGCCUCAUCAGGAGCUAUAACCUUACCUACUAUCUUGACGACCACACCAUCGAUAUGUUUGAUAUUAAGAAUAAAAGGAUUUUCUUAAAAAGAACUGCUUAUAAGGGAAUUAACCUAGAAGACCUACAUAUUGGAUCAAUAGUGACUAUUUAUUCAAGACAACUUAAAGUUGUUAAAUAUGCAGAUGCCUACACUCAGAACGCAUUUGAUGCUUCUUCUGAGAAGACAUUCGCAAUGAUAAAGCCAGAUGCUUAUCUCAAUAUUGGGAAGAUAAUCUCUCUUAUCUUCCAAGCAGGCUUUAAAAUUAACAAAAUGAAAAUGUCCAGAUUCACAGAAGACACUGCUGGAAUAUUCUAUGGAGAGCACAAAGGAAAACAUUUUUAUCCGAAUUUAGUAGAUUUUGUCACAAGUGAUGUCUGCGUCGGUCUUGAAUUAGUCAGAGAGAAUGCAAUCCUUGCAUGGAGAGAGUUACUCGGCCCAACUAAUACUCAGAGAGCAAAGGAAGAAGCCCCAGAGUCAAUCAGAGCACAAUUUGGUUCAGACGGUACUCGGAAUGCAUGCCAUGGAUCUGACUCCCCAGCAUCUGCUGAAAGAGAGUUAGGCAUUUUCUUCGGAUCUGGAAGCGUAAUGCCAAGCACCAGUUUACAGAAUAAUUGCACAUGUGGAAUCAUUAAGCCUCACAUUGUUAAGGCAGGACUAGCAGGAGAAAUCGUUCAAAUGAUUCUUGAUGAAGGAUUUGAAAUCUCUGCACUACAGGUAUUCAAUCUUGAUACUCCCGCUGCUGAAGAAUUUCUUGAAGUUUAUAAAGGAGUACUUCCUGAAUUCCUCCCAAUUGUUGAAGAGUUAACAACUGGACCUUGUAUAGUCAUGGAAAUUAGACAGGAAGAUGUAGUAGAAGCUUUUAGAAAACUCUGUGGACCACACGACCCUGAAAUCGCAAAAAGCCUAAGACCAAGCACUAUCAGAGCUAAAUUUGGAAUCGAUAGAGUAGCUAAUGCAAUCCAGUGCACUGACCUUGAAGAAGAUGGAGUCCUUGAAUGUGAAUACUUCUUCAACUUGCUCCAGAGCUAA